AUGAAAAAUAGACAGGAGCCACCAAAGCCCCCUUCACGCAAGAGAACCGUGAAUGUUAUAAGUGGGGGUGAAGAUAUUCACGGUGUAACAUAUACGGCUUCCAACAAGGUUUCUAAAGUAACGAUAACACACGAGAAACGGGUACGGCAGGUUUUAGAAAACGAAAGUAUUUCUUUCGAUGAUGCAGAUACCGAAGGAGUAAUGACCCCACAUAACGAGGCACUAGUAAUAUCUUUACAUGUAUAUGAUACUAAUGUAAAACGAGUUUUGAUUGAUCCAGGAAGUUCCGUGAAUAUUAUACUAUUAAGGGUAUUACGUGAAAUGCAAGCUGAAGACAAAAUUAUACCUAAGGUGCAUACCCUAUCUGGGUACGACAAUUCAAGUAUGGUAACAAAAGGAGAG